UCCAGGCUGAAUGGCUGUAACCUCUCAGAGAGAAGCUGUGCAGCUCUGUCCUCAGUUCUCAGCUCCCAGUCCUCUAGUCUGAGAGAUCUGGACCUGAGUAACAGCAACCUGCAGGUUUUGGGAGUGAAGCAGCUUUCUGAUGGACUGGAGAGUCCACACUGUGAACUGGAAUCUCUCAGACUGACUGACUGUAACCUCUCAGAGAGAAGCUGUGCCGCUCUGUCCUCAGUUCUCAGCUCCAAGUCCUCUAGUCUGAGAGAUCUGGACCUGAGUAACAACAACCUGCAGGAUUCAGGAGUGAAGCAGCUUUCUGCUGGACUGGAGAGUCCACACUGUACACUGAAGACUCUCAGCCUGUCAGGAUGUCUGAUCACAGAGGAAGGCUGUGCUUCUCUGGCCUCAGCUCUGCGCUCCAACCCCUCCCAUCUGAGAGAGCUGGACCUGAGCUACAAUCAUCCAGGAGACUCAGGAGAGAAGCUUUUGUCUGCUGGACUGGAGGAUCCACACUGGAGACUGGACACUCUCAGCCUGCAGCCUGCUGGAGUCCGAUGGUUGACACCAGGUCUGAGGAAGUAUUUCUAUGAACUCAAACUGGAUCCAAACACAAUGAGCAGAAACCUCAAACUGUCUGAUAACAACAGGAAGGUGACACAUGUGAAGGAGGAUCAGUCAUAUCCUGAUCAUCCAGACAGAUUUGAUGUCUAUCAGCUGCUGAGUAGAAAUGUUCUGACUGGUCGAUGUUACUGGGAGGUCGAGUGGAGAGGAAGAGUUAAUAUAUCAGUGAGUUACAGAAGAAUCAGCAGGAAAGGAAACAGUGAUGACUGUUGGUUUGGAAACAAUGAUCAGUCCUGGAGUCUGUACUGCUAUGAUGGUCGUUACUAUGUCUAUCACAAUAAGAGAAAAACAUCCAUCUCCUCCUCCUCCUCCUCCUCCUCCUCCUCCUCCUCCUCCUCCUCCUCCUCCUCCUUCUCCUCCUCCUCCUCUGUCUCUAACAGAGUAGCAGUGUAUGUGGACUGUCCUGCUGGCACUCUGUCCUUCUACAGAGUCUCCUCUGACACACUGAUCCACCUCCACACCUUCAACACCACAUUCACUGAACCUCUGUGUGCUGGGUUUGGGUUCUGGGUUGGUUCCUCAGUGUCUCUGUGUGGUCUGUAG